AUGCAUUCAUUCCUUCGUUCAUUCGCUGCCCUGGUGGCGGCUGGUUCUGACCCCGACACCGGGAUCGUCUUCGACACCUGGACUGUCGAGGCGAGCUCGUCGUCGGCCGGGUUCACCUUCGGUGUCUCCCUCCCUGAGGAUGCGCUUGAUACGGAUGCUACAGAGUUCAUCGGAUACCUGUCCUGCAGCUCAUCUAGCACGAGCGAGUUCACCGGCUGGUGCGGUCUCUCUAUGGGCUCCUCGAUGAACAGUAACCUGUUGCUCGUCGCCUACGCGCAGGACGACACCGUCUUGACCUCCUUCCGCUUCUCCUCCGGUUACGCUAUGCCCUCAGUCUACAGCGGCAACGCGACCCUCACUCAGAUCUCGUCGACCGUCACUGCCGACAAGUUCGAGGUCCUCUUCCGUUGCGAAGAGUGUCUCCGCUGGGACCACGAGGGCGUCUCCGGUAGCGCCACGACAAGUGCUGGGCAGCUGAUCCUCGCCUGGGCGCAGGCCGAGGAGUCUCCCACGAACGCGGACUGCCCGGAUGACCUGAGUCUGGUCCAGCACGAGGCGCAGGGGAUCUGGGUAGGAAAGCUGAGCGGCGACGCUGCAACCUCCAACUACGAGACAUGGGCUGCGCUCGCGACCAACGUCGUCGACGGGACUUGCGGUACUGAUGGUGGCGGCGGUGGUGAUAAUGGGAACGGGACGACCCCAGGCGUGCCUGUCCCUACAAACGUCACGUACGACUACAUCAUCGUGGGCUCUGGUCCUGCUGGAAUGGUCCUUGCCGACCGACUCAGCGAAGCGGGUGCAAAGACCCUGCUUAUCGAAAAGGGCCCACCCUCUAUCGGACUCUGGAACGGCACCAUGAAGCCAGACUGGCUUAACGGCACUGAUCUGACCCGUUUCGACGUGCCCGGUCUGUGCAACGAGAUCUGGAAGAACAGCGAUGGCAUUGCCUGCCCCGAUAAUGACCAGAUGGCCGGAUGCCUCGUUGGCGGCGGCACGGCAGUUAACUCAGGUCUCUGGUGGAAGCCUUACAGCAAGGACUUUGACGAAUCGUUCCCGGAGACUUGGAAGUACGACGACGUCAGAGAUGCUGUGACGAGGGUCUUCACGCGUAUCCCAGGCACCACGACCCCAUCUACCGACAACAGACUCUACCUCGCCGAGGGCCCCAGCGUGAUCAUGAACGGUCUUCUUGCCUCUGGCUGGAAGGGAACGACAUUCAACGAUGAGCCGGAAGAAAAGUACAAGAGCGUCGGAUACAGCCCGUACAUGUUCAGCCAUGGACAGCGCAACGGGCCCAUGGCCACGUACUUGCUUGAUGCGUACCAGCGCCCUAACUUUGACCUGUGGGUGAACACCGUCGUGAGGCGCGUUGUGCGUGAUGGAGCUACUGUAACCGGCGUGGAGGUCGAGCCGUUCAACGAUGGCGGAUACGAGGGCAGCUUGCAGCUGAAUGAGGGAGGAAGAGUCAUUCUCAGUGCUGGCGCUUUUGGAACCCCCAAGAUUCUUUUCAGGAGCGGAAUUGGCCCUGAAGACCAGCUCGCCAUCGUCAAUGGCUCUGCCUCUGAUGGAGAGACCAUGAUUUCUGAAGACCAGUGGAUCAACCUUCCUGUUGGCGAGAACUUGAUGGAUCACCCUAACACAGAAAUCGUCGUCCAGCACCCUGAUGUCGUUUUCUACGACUACUAUGCCGCCUACGAUGACCCUAUCGAGGCUGACGCACAGAGCUACCUUGUCAACCGCACUGGUCCCCUCGCCCAAUCCGCCCCCAACGUCAACCCUGUCUUCUUCGACCAAGUCACCGGAAGCGACAACGUAACCCGACAACUGCAGUACCAGGCCCGCGUCGAGGGAAGCCAUAAUGUCGCUGACGGCCAUACGAUCUCCAUCUCCCAAUACGUUGGACGAGGCCAGACCUCCCGCGGCAAACUGACCAUCACCUCCGCCCUCAACACGGUCGUUAGCACCCUUCCCUGGCUGCAAGAUGACAACGACACAGACGCCGUGAUCGCGGGUCUGGAGCGACUCCGUGAUUCGCUGAGCACCAUUCAGGGCCUGACAUGGGCGUACCCCAAGGCGAAUGUCUCCAUGGCCGAGCACGUGAACUCGAUGGCUAAGACCGGCAGGGGCAGCAACCACUGGAUGGGAUCUUGCAAAAUGGGUCCCGAUGACGGACGUGACGGAGGUUCCAGUGUUGUCGACCUUAAUACGAAGGUGUACGGUAUGGAUAACCUGUUUGUGGUCGAUGCUAGUAUCUUCCCUGGUAUGAUCAGCACGAAUCCCUCGGCUUAUAUCACCGUCGUUGCGGAGCGAGCCGCGGAGAGGAUCCUUGCAUUGCAAGGGUAG